GCUGUUUGUAGAUUCGGGUCUACGAACAUCUGUGUUUGCCACGUAAUUUCAAAGUGCGGUCUGAUCUGAUCGUAUUAGGUGUCUGAAAUUGCAAUGGGAGCGGGCCAGAGCAAUCCUGUUCCAGGAGGUGGUACCGAUGGUUAUCACGUUCUUCGGGUUCAGGACAACUCCCCGGGUCAGAAAGCCGGUCUGGAGGCGUUUUUCGAUUUUAUCUGUGCGGUCGGACCUACGCGAUUGGACCAGGACAAUGGUACGCUGAAGGACAUAUUGAAGUCUUCGGUGGAAAAGCCGCUGCGCAUGUCUGUAUACUCCUCGAAGACGCAACGUGUUCGGGAUAUAGAAAUUAUACCGUCAACUUUGUGGGGCGGACAAGGACUUCUCGGAGUUUCAAUUCGUUUCUGCUCUUUCGAGGGAGCAAACGAGAAUGUGUGGCAUGUGCUGGAAGUUAGUCCGGGCUCGCCGGCUGAUCUCGCCGGACUGCGCUCGCACACCGAUUACAUAAUCGGAGCGGAUUCGAUACUUCAUGAAUCGGAAGACUUCUUCACUCUGAUCGAUGCGCACGAGAGUCGCGCCCUGAAGCUCUAUGUUUAUAACUCGGAUUCAGACGCUUGUCGGGAGGUCGUUAUAACUCCGAACAGGAACUGGGGCGGAGAAGGAAGUCUCGGUUGUGGAAUUGGAUAUGGCCUGUUGCACCGGAUCCCCAUUAGGGACGAUUAUGAGAGCGAAGAGAAGAGAUCGCUUCUCUCCAGGUCGAGCAGAAGUACGCCGAAUCCUCAAUCGACACUAACCCAGGCGGAUCUAGAAAUCGACCAAUACAAUCGCGGACAUGGUAUUGCUCCUCUGCAAUCUUAUCAGAGUGCCGCUCCGGCGAAGCCAGCGCCGAUCCCUAAUCCCCUCCUCCAAGCCGGGAUAGCAUCGAAGAGUCCUCCAUCUCCUCCCGUGCCGAUAGCCGUAGGAGUACCUCUGCAAUCGGGUUUCCAAACGCAGCCGCCUCAACAACAACCGCAAAUGUCCGGAACGUCCGUUCAACCCCCACCCCCGAUUCCUCCCAUGGCGAAUUCCGGAGGUUUGAGCUCAGGGGCGAAUACGUACCGGGCUGCCGUGCCACCGGCGAACUCGACGGUUUCGGCGGUCUUCCAAAACCCACUACCACAUGUGCCCUCGACGGUCCCUCAGGCCGUUCAGGUUCCAGCGCGAACCCAAGCUUCUCCCAUGUUCGCACCGGUCGAAACGAAUCGAACGUUCACCCCUCAGAACGUUCUUGACAGUUUCAAUGUGCCUACAGUUCAAAAUGUCGCCAGUGACCAAAUGGCUCUGCACAAUCCUCAACCGAUAAGCGCGACAGUCCAUAAUGGGGCUUCGACCGUUCCUGGCGUUCCAGCGGCCCCACCUAUGUUUGAUGCUCACGCCCGAUCAGUCUCCAUAGACAUGUCAGCGUUCCAGCCGACACCUGUAACAACUCCGAUAUCGCUGCCGGGAAUGCCCCCCAUCACGGUGUCUGCUACUCUGCCGGCCGCCACGUUCCAACAAGUGUUCCAACACCCGCCUACGGAACUGCCGCAAACCGCGCUUGACAAUUUGCCGCCAUCGCCGCAGCAGCAGCAGCCACCGCCAGCAUCACCGUCAAGACCUCAGACUUCGCCUCAACACAUGUAGACAUCACGUUAGGCAAUAAGUGAGGUUUUGAAUUGGCGGGGAGCUCCAUGGAUCCCUUCUGCAGCAGGCGGGCGACGGAGGAGAACAAAUCGAGCAGUUUCUGUGGAUGGACUCUAGAUUUUAUUUUUGAGCGUUCUCCAACCACUUGAGAGACAAGAGCUAUCUUCAUCGGUCGUUGAUGUUCACAGAGGAGCUCCGAUUCAGAGAAAGGAGUUCCCUGAGUCGAGCCUGCGGAGGGAAACAUCCUAAACAUCAUCCGAACGCUUCUGCUGAGCGAUCGCGUGCGACCUGGCAGAUUUGGGUGACAUCAACGUUUCCGAGCUAUACCGAGCGUUCGGCUUGUCUGGAAGAUUUCUAAACGCUAAUAUAAUUAUUAUCAUGUGUGAGAGAGGAGCAGACUAAACAAUUUCGUGAGAACUAUUAAUUGAAGACGCGGAACAUUGAGAAAUACCGAUCCAGGGUGUAAAUAAACUUG